GGGUUUUAAGUGUGCCAGGACUGGGUGUUCCGCUAGUCCUCCCUCCCCCUCCCUUCCCAAUUCCUCUGCCCCCUCCCUUCAGGCAGACUCAGGGGACCCUGAAGGUGGAAGAGAACUCUUACCCAGGGCAAGAAAAGCCACAAGAAUGCCCCAGCUGCCUACACUUGGUUCUCAGCUUCCCUUCCUCAUCCCUCCAGCCACUCCCAGGGUCUGAAGCACUAGCCCAGUUUGAAACACCCCUCCCACUUUGAAGGAGGCUGGGCUGGCCAGGGGGUUAUUUUGGGAGCAGCUUCUGAGAUCCAAUGGCCUUGUUAGGGCAACACUGACCUUUCUGUCCUGGGAGGAGGGCAGGAUUGGAGAGGGGCGGGGCAGCAGGGAGAUCGACAGCCCUGCACACCCACGGUGGAGGAGAAGGGGGCCAGCGGGCUGCAGGAAUUCAGCCUGGGGUGGGGGUGAGGGGGGCGGCUGGGACUGUCACCGAGGAGACUUUCCCCUCUUUGAAACAGACUGGGGACCUUUCCACCCCACCCCUUCACUGUGCUUCUUAAAGGGAUCACAGCAUUUUUCCUUUGACUCCAUGGAAGGCAGACUUGGGACGCUCUGUGGAGACUUUGAAUCUUGCCUUCCCGCGUCCUUCCCAGCUGGCAGCCUUCCUCUGGCUGACUGAGUGGGGGCCUCCCAGGCAUGGCACUGACCAGCAGACCCAGUGCUGACUUGGCUCCUGGGCUUGGUCAGCCUCUGGUGGCAUCUUGUUUUCCCCCUGCUGGGGUGCGGCCGUGGUGAGUGGGGGGCCCAGUCCUGAGAAAGCUUGGGGAGUGUCACUGGCACCCUCACUGCCCUCUUCCCCCAAGCUGGAGGACAGUGAGCUUGUCAGGGGUGAUGAUGAGAUGAGCGGGGGCCGCUUUGACUUUGAUGAUGGCGGGGCGUACUGUGGGGGCUGGGAGAACGGAAAGGCUCAUGGGCACGGAUUGUGCACCGGCCCCAAGGGCCAGGGUGAAUACUCAGGCUCCUGGAACUUUGGCUUUGAAGUGGCAGGCGUCUACACCUGGCCCAGCGGAAACACCUUCGAGGGAUACUGGAGCCAGGGCAAACGGCAUGGGCUGGGCAUAGAAACCAAGGGACGCUGGCUCUACAAGGGCGAGUGGACACACGGCUUCAAGGGACGCUAUGGAACCCGGCAGAGCAGCAGCAGCGGUGCCAAGUAUGAGGGCACCUGGAACAAUGGCCUGCAGGACGGCUAUGGCACUGAGACCUAUGCAGAUGGAGGGACUUACCAAGGCCAGUUCACCAACGGCAUGCGCCACGGCUACGGCGUGCGCCAGAGUGUGCCCUAUGGGAUGGCCGUCGUGGUGCGCUCGCCGCUGCGCACGUCGCUCUCGUCCCUGCGCAGCGAGCACAGCAACGGCACGGUGGCCCCGGACUCGCCCGCCUCGCCGGCCUCGGACGGCCCGCCGCUGCCCUCGCCCGCCAUCCCACGAGGCGGCUUCGCGCUCAGCCUGCUGGCCAACGCCGAGGCGGCCUCGCGGGUCCCCAAGGGCGGUGGCUUCUUCCAGCGGGGCGCGCUGCUGGGCAAGCUGCGGCGGGCCGAGUCGCGCACGUCCCUGGGCAGCCAGCGCAGCCGCGUCAGCUUCCUCAAGAGCGACCUCAGCUCGGGCGCCAGCGACGCCGCCUCCACCACCAGCCUGGGCGAGGGCGCCGAGGUGGCCGACGACGCCGCGCCCUUCGAAGCCGACAUCGACGCCACCACCACCGAGACCUACAUGGGCGAGUGGAAGAACGACAAGCGCUCGGGCUUCGGCGUCAGCGAGCGCUCCAGCGGCCUGCGCUACGAGGGCGAGUGGCUGGACAACCUGCGCCACGGCUACGGCUGCACCACGCUGCCCGACGGCCACCGCGAGGAGGGCAAGUACCGCCACAACGUGCUGGUCAAAGGCACCAAGCGACGCGUGCUGCCGCUCAAAAGCAGCAAGGUCCGGCAGAAGGUGGAGCACAGCAUGGAGGGCGCCCAGCGCGCAGCCGCGAUAGCGCGUCAGAAAGCUGAGAUCGCUGCCUCCAGGACAAGCCAUGCCAAGGCCAAAGCUGAGGCUGCAGAACAGGCCGCCCUAGCUGCCAACCAAGAGUCCAACAUUGCCCGCACUUUGGCCAGGGAGCUGGCUCCAGACUUCUACCAGCCAGGUCCGGAAUAUCAGAAACGCCGGCUGCUCCAGGAGAUCCUGGAGAACUCGGAGAGCCUGCUGGAGCCCCCCGACCGGGGCCCGGGAGCCGCUGGCCUCCCGGAGCGGCCCCGCGAGAGCCCGCAGCUGCACGAGCGCGAGACCCCUCGGCCCGAGGGUGGCCCCCCGUCGCCCGCCGGGACGCCCCCGCAGCCUAAGCGGCCCCGUCCGGGGAUGACCAAGGACGGCCUGCUGAGCCCCGGCUCCUGGAACGGCGAGCCCGGCACCGAGGGCAGCCGGUCGGCCACGCCGUCCGAGGGUCGUCGCAGCCCGGCGCGUCCAGCCACCGAGCACAUGGCCAUCGAGGCGCUGCAGGCGCCGCCCGCGCCGUCGCGGGAGCCCGAGGUGGCACGGUACCAGGGUUACCACAGCUACGCGGUGCGCACCGGGCCGCCCGCGCCGCCCCCCUUCGAGGACGAGCCUGAGCCCGAGGCCUCCAGGCCCGAUUCAGCGCCCGCGUCCCCGGUCACUGCCCCGGUGGAGCCCCCGACACCCCGGAGCCCCGAGCCCGCGCCCGAGCCCCCCGCCAAGCUGGAGCCCAAGCCCAUCGUCCCCAAAGCCGAGCCCAAGGCCAAGGCCCGCAAGACGGAGGCCCGAGCGCUGACCAAGGCCGGCGCCAAAAAGAAGACGCGGAAGGAGGCGGCGCUGGUGGCCGAGGCCGAGGUGGAGGUGGAGGAGGUCCCUAACACCGUCCUCAUCUGCAUGGUGAUCCUGCUGAACAUCGGCCUGGCCAUCCUGUUCGUUCACCUCCUGACCUGACCCUCAUUGACCAGGCCAGGAGUUCCUGCUGAGGACAAGAAGACCCAUCUUUCUGCAGCGCCAAGCAGGGUGGUCAAGGAGGACUGAACUCUGGACCUGGAGCCCUGGGGCUCCAGCUCACAUCCACACUGCAAAUGUUUAAGGAGGCUUCCGGUGGCGCCGUGCUGGGUGGUGGAGGUGCCCAGAGGAAUAGAAUGUGCUGGAAAUCCUCCUGGAGCUCUCCGCCCAGGGGCAGGGAAAGCCCUGAUGUGUUCCUGUCCCUCAUCCUUAACCACUCCCUCACCUGCCUCUAGGUCACCCCCUCCCUGGGCUUUUGUGUGUUUUGGGAGCAGUCACCAAACCAGAAUAUUAAGUCCCAGCCCCCUUCCUCCAACCCCUCCCCUGCUUUAUUUUAACCUCUGGCUGCUGGGCUGAGGCCUCCCAAGCGAGCAGAGGGAGUGACAGACACUCUCAAACGGUGCAGAGGCCCUCCCUUUGGCAGUCUUGACCCAGCACGCACACUGUCCCCUGCUUACAGAUGUCCUGGAUGACCGUAGCGGAAAUGGACGUGCUCAGUUUGAAUAUACCCCCACCAGUCCAGUUAGCUUUUUUUCUGGACCAAUAGAAGAGGGGGAGACAUGAGGGAUUGGUGCCUUUGGCUGAGAAGCCACUGUCCAGGUGGCCAGGGGGUGGGGUGGAAAGAAGGGCCAAGGGCCACUUAGGAUGGCUGGCCCUUGUUUUUGCGUGUGCCUGAGCCUGAAGCUGGCAUUGCAUUUAGGGCUUCCAGUGUGCUCAGCGUGCUGAGGGGUCACCCUGCAGGAGUUCUGGGACUGGUAAAAUAAAGCUACUGCGAUGUCCUAUGAAUUAGUUUGUCCGCAUCCCCCACCAGGGCCCACCUCAGGCUCAGGGGAGCAUGAGCUUGGAAGCCCAGGCAGAUUUCCCCGGGGGGCAGAUGAUCAGGCAGGUGCUGAAGACAGGCUGUUUGUCAACAGGCAUUUCCCAGGAAGACGGGAGCCAGUCCAGGGCUCCCAUCCGGCACCGUCUGUGGAAUAAUAAGGCCCUUGGCAUGCGUGGCAGAAGAGGGUGUUUGCAUGUAGCUCAUUACAGUUGUAUGGUACCACACUGGGUCACUGGGCCCUCGUGUUGGCUGGGGAUGGGUAGAGGCUGAGGGCUAGCGGCCCUCUGCCCCUCGGAGGAUGGAGGGAACAGGCUUCCAGGACCCUCCAAGCCUGGGGAAGGAUGUGGCGAUGGCCUCCAGACAGAGCUCGCGGGGCCGCAGUUUUCCUGACUUCAUUUCUGUGGACCUGGGUGCUUUGACAUUGUGGCCAGACCUCCCCCAGGCAGCUCUGCACCCUGAAGUUUGCUUCUGAUGGGGUCUGCUUUCCCUUAAUACUUGCGACCUUCCGUCCAGCUUCACACUUGCUGUUUCAAGCCCUGCUGGGGCCUCGUGGCAUGGCUGGGAUCUUGGACUGCAUUUCUACAGAGGGAAGCCUGUGGAUUCUCCCGUCCUCCACCGGCCAGGGCCUGUGGCUCUGCAUCUGUGAUUGGGUUUUUCUGGACUUCUAGGGCAUGAAGAGGGCAGGUUGGGGGCACUGUCCAGGGCUGACAGGCUCCAGGUUUCUUCAUCUGUCUGGCCCAGGGCUGUCAGAACUCCCAGGCCUAGUUGGGGGCUGGUGUUUGGGGUGAGGGUUCAGGAUGCUGCCGUCUGUGCAAUAAUAAACCUGCAUCUGCUCACAGG